GGACACCUGCACCCUCGAGUAACGAAAAGGAUUCACGUCGCCGCAGAGAUUUUAUGGCUUCUUCGCAGCUUUCUCCCCACCAGCUGACCUGUCAAACACGUCUCGCCGACGGCGCGCACGCAAGGCGUUGGCUGAAUGCGCCGUGCGAGAAGGGGGCCAACUGUGAGCUCGACGGCGGUAACGCGCGCCGCGCUGUGCUACGUCGCUCGGCGAGACGGUUUCGCAUGGGAAAGAACCAAGAAGUCUUCUGCCAGACGUAUCUAUGCCCUCCUCGUUCUGUAACCAUGAAGAAAUGCCUUCAAGUACAGCCCAAGCCAGGAUUGGGGUGUUGCUGAUAUGUCUAGUGAUAGGAGCUAUCCUUCUGUACAAGCGCCAGCAACGGCUUGAACCGUCAUCUAAGACUCCCGCACGUCGACUUCCGAUGACGAAGACCCCUCCGCGUCUCUACCAUCAUCCUAGGGAUUACAUCAUACUUCCUCCAGCCAUUUGUGGCAAGCAUUCUGCGAACGACAGCAUCAACUUCUUCGUCGUGGUCGUCUCUGCGGUCGACCAGAUCGAGAGGCGUCAAGCAAUACGCAAAACAUGGGGCCGCGACCUGAAACUUCAAAGGAACAACAGUUUGGUGUUCCUCCUAGGAAAGGCGGUAGACACUGAGCAGCAGCGACGGGUCUUUGAAGAAUCGGGCGAGCAUUUCGACAUAGUUCAAGGCGACAUGUGGGAAGGGUAUCGGAACCUGACGGUCAAGUCUGUGCAGGCGCUGCACCUGGCUACCACUCAAUGCCCUCAGGCUUCGUUCCUGCUCAAGACGGAUGACGACACUUUCGUCAACGUUCCCAAGUUGUUGAAGCAAGCGGGCGAACUACGCAAGGACGCCAUCUACGGCUCUAUUCACGCCAACAAUUCGGCCAUCCGCGAACCCUCUAUCAAGUGGUUCGUGACUUACGAGGAGUACAAGCCAGGCUCGUAUCCGGACUUUGUCAGCGGAUCCGCUUACGUCGUGGGCGGAGAGGUCACUGGACCUCUCUACACCCAAACAGGACGCGUACGGCCUCUCUGGUUAGAAGACGUAUAUGUCACCGGCUUGUGUGCCGAAGCGGCUGGGAUACCUCGCGUCGGCUUACCAACGUUCAAUUCCGACGAAGUGCCUUCUAUGUGUGACAUGAGGAAUAUGGUGACUUCGCAUUACAUGACGCCGGAGAAAAUGUUGCAGUUCUGGCACGGACUGCGAACCGCUGACCUCAAGUACGGGAGAUUCCUUAUGAAAAAUGAGGUCUUCCCGCUGCGGCCGUCAACAUGGUUCCAGUGUCGCCUCAAGAUUGUUGCCGGCGGAACACUGCUUACGCUUCUUGCCUACUUCUUUCUACGCCUCUUCGCGCCUGUGAUCAGCGCCAUUUUUGCUGAGACGCCUCUCAGGUGGUUCCAAGACCCUGACAUCGCCAAGAAAAGUAUACCGGUCGAAAGGUUGUACAACAAGCCCCAUCGCUAUCUUAUAAAUCCUCAGGAUGUGUGUCCGCUAGAUCAACCAAUCGACUUCCUUUUUAUGGUCUAUUCAGCCCCUCAGAACGUCGAAGCCCGAAGCGCCAUUCGACGAACCUGGGCAAACGACGCCAAGAAGUAUUCUGGAAACAAGGUCCUUUUUCUCUUUGGCAAGCCCAGCAACGCCAGGUUGCAGAGUGCCUUGGAGUUUGAGUCCCAGCAGUACGGGGACAUCGUGCAAGAGGAUUUUGUAGACGCGUACCGCAACCUGACCCUGAAGACGGUGAUGAUGCUUCGAUGGGCGUCGCACAAUUGCCCUCAGGCCCGCUUCGUGGUUAAAAUCGACGACGACUGCUUCCCGAACCUGGCCAACUUCUAUCGGGUCAUGCACGGUCAAGCGGAGGACACGAUAUACGGCGAACUGAGGCACCGGGACCGACCCUACCGCGAGUCCGGUCACAAGUGGUACCUCUCGACCGAGGACUUCCCCAGGGACAUGUUUCCGGACUACAUCACGGGGGGCAUGUACGUCGUCGGUGGCCGCGUCGUCAAUCUCCUGUACAGGGCCACGGGACAGGUUCCGUUCUUCCGCGUAGAGGACAGCUAUCUGACCGGUAUGUGCGCGGAAAGAGCGGGCGUCGCGAGGGUUAACCUGGUGGGAACGUACAACCUCAAGCUGUCCACUCUGUGCGAGUACAAGAAGGCCAUCUAUGGUCACCACGUGACGCCCGCAGAGAUGAACGAAGUGUGGCACGCCAUGAAGCGCCUCGAGUACAAGUGUCAUCGACUGUUAUUCAGCGUCCAUUUAUGCUACUGCCGGCCCGUAGAUACGUCGGCGGAUUUAGUUAUUGAGACGCCAGUGUUAUGAAGAACGCUUCGUUUCUAUUUUAAUAGGAAUAGCUAGUUUUUAAAUGCACUGUCACAAACAGUCUAUAUUCGGUUGCAACCUAAUAACAAAUCUAAGCUCCGCCCACAGCCGUCGCUGUCUCAACCAGAGAGCACUUGCAUAUGUUCCUUAUCCAAUCGCAUUUGUUUAUUUUCGUGACGUCAAGCGUCUUUUGUGUAAUUCAGGCAGGUGAUUUUACCGUACAGACGCAUUUUCGCGUCACUGCUUUUCGGUCGAAAACUUGAACUUUCUGCCAAAUUUUAGGAAAGAAUUCUGAAUCGAUGGUUAGCCAAACCUAAUAUUUCACGUACGGACGACAAACUUUUUUAUCCUUAGUAUGCGUAGUAUUUAAAUUAUCAGCGAAAAAGUUCGUACGGUUAGAACGGAAACCACCUACACGACUGUCAUACAAACAUGAAUGGCAGGCACGCUACAGAUGUGGGGGCGGAGCUUCUAGUUAUUCUUAAGCUGUAACCGACUAUAGACGUUCAGAGGUGGUACUUUAUAUUGGUGACUGUGAACAUCGUGAAGGCGACACGAGAACAAGCAUUGGUGGCGUUUCCGCUUCCUUCCCGCGCAGAGUUUGCUUUGUUCACUCUCAAUAUGGAUCAUCAAUUAGCUGACACGGCUGCCUUGUAUUUAACUCCCAUCUCCCUAGCGAAUGUUCAGUGUUAUCUCGCUGCCUUAGAUCUCUGAAUAACGUCUUCCCUACGUAAGUCUUGCUUUCAAGGAACUUCGGAAAUGUAUUUAGGUAUGGCGGAUCACGCAGCCUGCAAAGCGAGAAAUUCA